UUUAUAUUUUUCAUUUUUGUGCCAUGAUUGAUGUAUACAUUUAUAGAAAAUUAUUAAAAAGCAGUCGGAUCAUUAAUUUGUAUCGUAAAUAUGUUUUGCGGAUAUGUUUAGUGGAAUAAACAGAAUUGCAUAAUAAACGUUCUAAGAUCUGAUUGGCGCGACAAGGGUGUGCCACUACAUCUCCGAUAAUAAAACCGGUUUGACAACUAUUUCUACGCUGUAUGUCGAUCUUCAAAUCAGUUAUCUAUCAUCCAGAUCCAAAAUUACAUGAUUGCACGUAAUAUGUAUAAAAAUUUUAGAAUUUCCAAACUUCAAGAUAUCAGAUGGAAUGUCAGUUGGACUACGAGUUCCUUAGUUGCUUGCAUCCAGCCUGAAUUAGCAGCUAUAGUCAAAGCUGGCACAUGGAAAAACGAGCGUAUAAUUGCCUCGCCUCAACGAACAAAGAUCGCAUUAUCAAAUGGGAAGAAGGCACUCAAUUUUUGUGCUAAUAAUUAUCUAGGUUUAGCGGAUAACAAGGAUAUCAUUAACGCAGCAAAGAUUGCACUAGAUAAAUAUGGUGCGGGUUUAAGUUCUGUAAGAUUUAUAUGCGGAACGCAGGAGAUACACGUUGAACUAGAAAAGAAGAUUGCCAAGUUUCAUGGCAGGGAGGAUACGAUACUUUAUGGAUCUUGCUUCGACGCAAACGCUGGUAUCUUUGAAACUCUAUUAACUGCCGAUGACGCGAUAUUGAGUGAUGAACUAAAUCAUGCGUCUAUUAUCGACGGGAUACGAUUAUGCAAAGCGAAAAAAUAUAGGUACAAGCAUAGAGAUAUGACAGAUUUGGAAAAUAAGCUUCAAGAAAGUAAGUCUGCACGUUUACGCCUUAUUGCAACCGACGGAGUAUUUUCUAUGGACGGUACCGUUGCGCCCUUAUCUAAAAUCAUUGAGCUUGCCAAAAAAUAUGAUGCUCUCACAUUCGUAGACGAUUGCCACGCUACUGGUUUCUUUGGCAGAACUGGCAGGGGUACAGAGGAAUACUUUGAUCAUCUAGGAGAUAUCGACAUCAUUAACUCCACACUAGGGAAAGCUCUUGGAGGGGCUUCAGGUGGUUAUACAACUAGCAAAAAAGAAAUUGUAAGUUUAUUAAGGCAGAGAAGUAGACCAUAUCUGUUCUCAAAUUCAGUACCUCCACCUGUAGUUGCAUCAGCAAUUAAGGUAAAAUAUAUUACAAUUUAUUAA